AAAAAAAAGUUUAAUUUUACUUCAAUAAGUUUCAGUUUCAGUGUGAAGUUAGUUGGUAGAGAGAUGCGGCUGUGCGUGUUUGUGCUGUCGGUGUGUGUGCUGCUGUGUCCCGGUGUGGCUCAGGACUGCAGCUGGGACCGGAGCACCGAGCCCGGCCAGAGUUUGGACCCGGCCUCGCUGAGCGCCGGAGCUGUCGAGCUGACCGGCAGCAACACGGUGUCUGACCCGGAGAGCUGCCGGGCCUCCUGCUGCGCUGAGCCGGCCUGUGACCUGGCUCUGGUCGGCUUCCCCAUGGACGGAACCCCGCAGUGCACGCUGGUGAGCUGCGGGAAGCACCGGGACGCGUGCGUGCUGCGGCCCGACACGCAGUUCAAAGUUUACCGCAAGAAGCAAGAGAGUGAGACCCGCAAAGAAGCACCGCAGGCCGGGGAGAGUCCGCACAUAGAGCCGCUGCUGGGGGAGAACCGGAGCAACCACACCGACCACGUGCGCUGCCGCCUGCCGAUGAGAGUCGGUCCUUGCCGCGCCUCCUUCUCCAAGUUCUACUACGACGUGACCAAUCAGAGCUGCCGCAGGUUCGUGUACGGCGGCUGCAACGCCAACGGCAACAACUUCGACACUCAGGAGGAGUGUGAGGCGGCCUGCAGUGGAGUCACAGGUUCUGUCCUCCCUGAUGAGUCGUCUCCUGCUCCUCCAGGAGUUCCCGUCAAAGCUCCUCGCAUGGCUCCGGCCUUCCGCUCAGACGUUCCUCAGGAAUCUGCUGCCGAGACUAAACCAACGGAGACCCAACAUGCUGAGAAGAAAGACAUGCAGGCUGAUGAGUUUGCUGUGCUCUGUGGGGCGGAGCCUGUGGUCGGUCCGUGCAGGGCGGCGUUUCAGCGCUGGUUCUACAACAGCAAGACCGGCGGCUGUCAAUCAUUCAUCUACGGCGGUUGCCAAGGAAACAAGAACAACUACAGGAACCAAGAGAGCUGCAUGACUACCUGUGCAACAGUCAAUGUGCUGCCGUCCAAGAAAGCUUCAUCUGACGAGCCGGCCGGCACCGAGUCCAAAGCACACUGUUUGGCCCCCCGGGACUCGGGCCCCUGCCGCGCCGCCUUCCCCGUCUUCUACUACAACGCCGACACCGCCAGCUGCCUGCCGUUCCUCUACGGCGGUUGUCAGGGCAACGGCAACCGUUUCCCCACCGUGGACGAAUGCAUGGCUAGCUGCAGUGGAGAAGGAUCCUUCGAAGGUCGCGGCCAAACUCGCAGCCGCUGGACUGCAGCCUUCUUCCUCUUCGUCACUCUGGCGGCCAUCAGCGCUCUCCUGCUGACGACACUCGUGGUCAUCACGCUGAGACGCCACGGCCUGUCCCGCCGUCCGUCCUCCGUCAGUGACAAAGAGGAGCUGCUGCCGGACCCAGAUGAGCAGUCCUCUGUGGAGUCUCUGACCGUCCCAGAUAGCCCAAAGCCGGAGAAGGCCUGAGCCGAGGAUUUGGCUUCACACCGGGGGGGUCUGCUGAGGGUCCAGUGGGGCCUCACACCUCUGAUUCUUAAACACUGUUGUUAUAUCUGAGGCUUCUUAAAGUGUCUGAAAUGUGAAAGAAAGACAAAACAGAAUAUUAGGAAACAUGAUGAAGUAAUAAAUGUGACUCUGAGCUGUGACAUGUUAAAGGGUCAUUCUGCUGAUUCUUAUAUUUGGGUCCAAACCAACAAAGAACUGAUCUACUAACGAGUAUUAUGUGUGUAUCAAAGUCUGAUGUAUCUGAUUCCUCUGCUGUUGUUUAAAAACUACUGAAACCAGGUCACAGUUUUCAAAAUAAAGGACCAAAAUCUUCAAAGUAAAGGACCAAACUCUUCGAA